AUGAUUUUAAUAUUUCUCUUCUGCUGUGUCGUGGAUGGAGUGCUAUCCCAGUUACACUACUCCAUUCCGGAGGAGCAGGAGCGCGGAACCGUGGUGGGGAAUAUUGCCGAGGAUUUGGGGCUGGACGUCACCAAACUAUCCUCCCGCCGCUUCCAAAUCGUGCCCAGCUCCCGGACCCCGUACCUGGAGGUGAACUUGGAGAACGGGGCGCUUGUAGUUAACGAAAAAAUAGACCGUGAGCAGAUAUGCCGGCAGACCAUUCCGUGCCUCUUGCACCUGGAGGUCUUUCUGGAGAACCCGCUAGAGCUUUUCCGCAUCGAAAUUGAGGUAAUGGAUAUUAACGACAAUCCACCAAAUUUCCCCGAAACGGACAUCACCGUUGAGAUCACGGAGAGCGCCACACCUGGCACCCGCUUCCCGGUGGAGAAUGCGUUCGACCCGGACGUCGGUACCAAUGCGCUCAGCACCUACGCCAUCACCACUAACAACUACUUUUAUCUGGACGUGCAAACGCAGAGCGAUGGAAACAAGUUCGCUGAGCUGGUGCUUGAAAAGCCACUUGAUCGGGAACAGCAGGCGGUGCACAGGUACGUGCUGACCGCAGUGGACGGGGGGCAGCCCCAGAGGACGGGAACUGCACUGUUAGUGGUCAAAGUGCUGGAUUCCAAUGACAACGCACCCGUGUUCGAUCAGUCAGUAUACACAGUAAGCCUGCGCGAGAACUCUCCCGUGGGCACGCUCGUUAUUCAGUUAAAUGCGACGGACAUGGACGAGGGGCAAAACGGGGAAAUAGUUUACUCUUUAAGCAGUCAUAACCCUCCUCGUAUCCGGGAUCUGUUUAAUAUAGACUCGAGGACGGGUAGGAUUGAAGUCACUGGCGAAGUGGACUAUGAGGAGAGCAACACGUACCAGAUUUACGUGCAGGCUAAAGACAUGGGACCCAACGCCGUACCCGCGCACUGUAAAGUCCUGGUCAAACUCAUCGAUGUGAACGACAACACGCCCGAGAUUAGUUUCAACACUGUCACGGAAUCGAUGAGCGAGCAGUCAGCUCCGGGGACGGUGAUAGCGCUCCUGAGCGUGACGGACCGUGACUCCGGGGAGAACGGACAGAUGACUUGCGAACUUUUGAAUGACGUGCCGUUUAAACUCAAAUCCUCGUUUAAAAAUUACUACACCAUUGUGACAGACGGUCCGUUGGACCGGGAGAAAGUGGAGUCUUACACACUGACUGUAGUGGCAAAAGAUAAAGGGGUGCCGUCGUUGGCCACCAGUAAGUCCAUUAAAGUGCACGUUUCUGAUGAGAAUGACAAUGCUCCCAGAUUUAUGCAGUCUGUGUACGACGUAUAUGUGACCGAAAACAACGUGCCAGGCGCUUACAUUUACGCAGUGAGUGCAUUAGACCCUGACGUCGGACAAAACGCAUAUGUCACUUACUCCAUAUUGGAGUGCGAAAUACAGGGUAUGUCCAUUUUAACUUAUGUGUCAAUCAACUCCGAAAACGGCUAUCUGUACGCUUUAAGAUCUUUUGAUUAUGAGCAAAUUAAGGACUUUAACUUUAUGGUUCAAGCUAAAGACUCUGGUAACCCAGAAUUAACAGCUAACGCCACCGUUAAAGUCAUAAUUGUGGAUCAAAACGACAACGCCCCGUCGGUUAUUGCACCUCUGGGUAAGAACGGUACGGCCAGAGAGCAUCUGCCCCGAUCUGCUGAACCGGGGUAUCUGGUGACGCGCAUCGUCGCCAUGGACGCGGAUGAUGGUGAGAACGCGCGCCUGUCCUACAGCAUUCUGCGUGGGAAUGAAUUGGGAAUGUUUCGUAUGGACUGGAGGACCGGCGAGCUGAGAACGGCCCGCAGGGUGUCUAGCAAAAGGGACCCGCCGCAUCCUUACGACCUGUUGAUUGAGGUGCGGGACCACGGGCAACCGCCACUGUCCUCCUCAGCCAGCAUCAAUGUUGUGCUGGUGGACAGCGUGGUGGAGGGCCACAGUGGAGACAGGAGGUCCACGAAAGCCAAAGAAGGCUCCUUGGACCUCACACUUAUUCUCAUCAUUGCUCUUGGCUCUGUCUCCUUCAUUUUCCUCUUGGCCAUGAUUGUGUUGGCAGUCCGUUGUCAGAAGGACAAGAAGCUUAGCAUCUACACGUGCCUGGCGGCGGGAGACUGUUGCCUCUGCUGCGGCUCCUGUUGUAGUCGUCAGGCGCGGGGGCGCAAGAAGAAACUCAGUAAAUCAGACAUUAUGCUGGUGCAGAGCGCCAACGUGGCUGCUGCUGCGGCGCAAGUUCCUGUGGAGGAGUCCGGUAGCUUUGGCUCGCAUCACCAAAACCAGAAUUACUGUUACCAGGUGUGCCUGACGCCCGAGUCUGCCAAGACCGAUCUCAUGUUCCUCAAACCGUGUAGCCCCUCCCGAAGCACGGACACGGAACACAAUUCUUGUGGGGCCAUAGUCACGGGUUACACAGACCAGCAACCGGACAUCAUAUCCAACGGCAGCAUCUUAUCUAACGAGAACAAACAUCAGCGAACCGAGCUCAGUUAUCUAGUGGACCGACCGCGUCGAGUAAACAGCUCUGCGUUCCAGGAGUCGGAUAUCGUGAGUUCUAAAGAUAGUGGACACGGGGACAGCGAACAGGGAGACAGCGACCACGACGCCACCAACCGCGGCCAUUCAGCCGGCGCUGACCUGUUCUCUAACUGCACGGAUGAAUGUAAGGCUCUGGGACAUUCCGAUCGCUGCUGGAUGCCCUCUUUCGCGCCCGCCGACGGUCGCCAAGGCGCCGAUUACCGUAGCAACCUGCACGUCCCGGGCAUGGACGCGGUGCCCGAUACUGAGGUACUUGAAAACCACGAGACGGGUGACGAUAGGUCUUUCUCGACCUUUGGCAAAGAGAGGUCACACCAGGGCACGCUAGAACGCCGCGAGCUUGACGCACUGUUGCCUAGCGCACGUGCGCCUUACAAACCCACCUAUUUGUCCCGGAAAAGGAUAUGCUAG